CCCAUCUGCCCAUCUGCCCUGAGCCAGGAUGUGUCUUGUGAGCAGCAUGUCACCGCGUUGCCGUUGUUUUUGCGGAAAACAACGAGUGGUCGCUUACGCCAAGGGUUGUGACCUCCGUCUGUAGCGGGAGACUUAUUAACUAUGCCAACUUGUAGGACAUCAUUGCAAAACUCAAGAGGAACUACUGGUUUCGGGAUCUAAACAGGGAUUGAAAAUGUCCAUUUUGUGGAAAUGUCUUUCGUUUAGUUUAGUGCUAAUGUUUUUGGACCUGAGGACAGACGCCAUACUGGAAGGAUCCUCCACGGGUCCACUCGAGGGGCCAUUCGGCGGAGAAGCGGUGUCGUUCCGGCGUGUCGUUCGCGUGUCCCGAGGAGGUCGUGUGGCUGUGACCAGACGCAAACGCAACGUCCUCUUCCCGAGCGGAGUCAAGCUGUGCGCACGGGAGAAUCCCGAGCAGGUGGUCGCAAACCACCUCAGUUUUUUCAAUCUCAGAGUGUGCCAGGAGACGGUGUGGGAGGCUUUCAAAAUCUUCUGGGACCGCGUCCCCGAGCAGGAGGAGUACCAGAGCUGGAUGAACCAGUGCCAGGAGGGGGCUGUGACGGCGCGAGACAUUGGCGCCUACUUCAGCCAAUCGGAGGAGCACCAGGAGGUGGUCAAAAAGAAAAUGUCAGCGCCCGGCUUGAAAAGUGAACCCACCAGGUCUGGACAACAUACAUGCAGCACUUGGGCUCCCGUCGUGACGACCGCGCCCGCCGGGGCUCCUGCCAAAGAAGCGGAGGAAGCGGCUGUGAUUGGGGCAGAAAUGGAGUUGGACAACGACAUUCCGGUGGAGCCGCUCCCGGCGGCCAUGUCGGAGCAGGCGGUGGAGCUCAGCAUCCUCCUGACGGGCGUCGCGUACAACGAUGACUUGGACGACUCCGACUCGCUGCACUAUCAGACGCUCAGCGGACACCUCGCUCAGAAGAUUACGGACGCUCUGUCUGGACUUCCUGGUUUUAAGAGCGUGACCGUGAUGGACUUCAGGCCUCACAAGGACCUGCAGGGGCUGGACGGCAUCGUGGUGGACUACGCGGUCACCCUGGCGGUGGACGACGCGGGCAUCAGCAGCGACCAACUGGACUACCUCACCCUGCAGUCCAACCGGGUGGAGAACUCGUACCGCGAGGUCAAGGAGCACCCGACGCUGGUCUACGCCAUCAGCGAGCUGAAGACCUUCGUGACCGAGAACCUGCUGAAGGGCGCCCUGGAGAGCGUGCCCGAGACCCCCGAGACCGCCGAGACCGCCCACCCUGCAGGAGAAACCUCGAACGAACCAGCGGCGGUUCCCGUCCUGGACGACGUCAUGGACGACGUCAAGAGAGACCAAUUGCUGCUCGGAAGCGUCGGAGGAGACACGUCGGAGACGUCCGAAAGUGACAUUGUUGUCCUGGAGGAGAGUGUUGAGAUUUCAUCUCCUGCUGUGGUCGCCACUUCUGCAACUGAAACUGGCAGCAUCAGGGAAGAGGGUCUGCUUCUGGAGAACACCGUGCAGACCACCGCUGCAGAUAAACCCCCAGACAAAGACCAGCAGGAGCCUCCCCCAUCUGAGGAGCAAGAUGGCAUCAUCUUUCCUGAAUCGCCAGCGUUGGUGGAGGCCUCAGGCACGGGCGAGCUGGAGAACCUGCUAUGGCCGGAGGCAACGCCGGCGGCGGAAGAUACCGAAGACGUGGUCAUUCUGGAGGAGGAGCAUCUGGACAAUGGUGUCGACACCGAAGACCUCCUCACGAGUGCAACAGCAGAGGACGAUUUUGUUCCUGAUGUAGCGAGUGAGGCAACUGAAGAAGGAGACUCCAAACAUCAUGGGGAACCUGCGGUUGAAGAAGCUGACAUGCAAGAAGCAACAGAGAGUGAAGGACAAACUCCAGAGGAAGCACCGGACUCAGUUGAGGAAGCGCCAACGCCACUUGAAGAACCUCCAGAAGCUUCCGAAAUCAUUACCGACGAUCUCGUAGAUGACGACAUCUUGCUGGUCAACAAGGACACGCUUGAAUCAUCGGUCAGCGUUCCUUUGAGCCCCGCCCAACCGACCUCAAUGUCUGCCGAGAAGGAGUCACCCUUCACGCGUGUCGCUGAUGUCAAUAGAGCCGUCGAGGGCCAACCCGAGAUCGUCGUCCCUUCACUCGUGGAGAUCCAGAACAGUGAUGAAAACGAUUCUCCCAUGGAAGACCUCGCUUAUGACGUCUUUAAUUACGGUUUGAUCAACCACACGGAAGAAGGCAGCACGGGAUUCCCAUUCAGCGUGUCACACGGCACCGAUCCGGCCAGCAUCGCCAUGCCGGCCAACCCUGGCCGAGCGCUCAUGGUGUUCUUCAGCCUGAGGGUGACCAACAUGAUUUUCUCUGAGGAUCUCUUCAACAAGAGUUCGCCAGAGUACAAAGCAUUGGAGCAACGCUUCCUACAACUGCUUGUGCCCUACCUCCAGUCCAACCUGAGCAACUUUGAGAACUUGGAAAUCCUCAACUUCCGCAACGGGAGCAUCGUGGUCAACAGCCGAAUGAAGUUCGGCAAGCCCGUGGCUCAAGGCGUCACCACCACCGUGUAUCUGAUCCUGGAGGACUUCUGCAACACGGCCUACCAGACCAUGAACCUGGCCAUCGAUAAGUACUCCUUGGACGUUGAGUCAGGCGACCAGGCCGACCCGUGCAAGUUCCAGGCGUGCAACGAGUACGCCGAGUGCAAGGUGAACAAGUGGUCGGGCGAGGCCGAGUGCGUGUGCAACGCGGGCUACUUCAGCGUGGACGGCCUGCCUUGUCAGAGCAUCUGCGAGCUGCGCAACGACUUCUGCCUCAACGACGGCAAGUGUGACAUCAUCCCCGGCCAGGGAGCCAUCUGCAGGUGUCGUGUCGGAGAAAACUGGUGGUACCGAGGAGAGCACUGCGAGGAGUACGUAUCCGAGCCUCUGGUGGUCGGCAUCGCGGUGGCCUCAGUGGCCGGAUUCCUCAUGGUUGCGUCUGGAGUCAUCUUCUUCCUCGCCAGGACUUUACGGGAUCAGUACGAUAAGGAUGAGUCAGAGGACCCGAUACGGCGUGCAGAGAGCGUUCCGUCGCUAGAGAGGGCGACCAAGUACAACCCCAUGUACGAGAGCGAGGCCACCACGGGCUACAGCCACUACUACCGCCGCUACCCCGAGGCUCCCGCCGUCUACAGCAGCGCCAGCGCCGAAGCCUCCACCGACUUCAGCAGCGAGGAGAUCCGACACAUCUACGAGAACAGCGAACUGACGAAGGAGGAAAUCCAAGACAGGAUACGCAUCAUCGAGCUCUACGCCAAGGACCGUCAGUUUGCAGAUUUCGUGCGGCAGCAUCAAGCUGUUCUGGAUACCCGAAGAGAAAGUUCCUCUGCACAGACAUGAAACUAGAAGAACAACACCUGUGGAUUCCGGAAGGCCUGGUCUGGGCAAUCAAACAAAGUCUGUCACCCAGGACAUCUUCACCUCUCGCCUCCCGUCUUCACGAGGCGACCCGGGAAGCGCUUGCAGACUUGUCCUUCCUUCCUCCCUCCUCCUUCCUUAGUGCCUUCCGCUGGACAUGUCCCCCCCCCCCAUGGAAAAACGUACUAAAACCUGACAUUUUGUCAAACCAGGCGAUGACAAAGAACUUCAAGCAUUGCUUGCGUACAAACAGUUACAGAGUGUAGCUAUUAGAAUAUUAUUGUGACAGUUUUCCUCGACAGUUUUGUGUGUUUGUGAGGCUCAAAACGAACCGAGAGAUGCCGAGUUAGCUGCGAUUAAGUUGGUCGGUGCUAUGCUCGCUGAGAAUUUAUUGAUGUUGUGAUGUAGUCAUCAACCAUGAAAGUGACAGAUUGGGAUAAACGCUUGUCUAAUAGGGAACUUCGCGUCGAGGUGGCCAAAUGUUCUCUCUGGUGGAAGCGUUUUCUCGACAUUUCAAGGCUCCACCGAAACAGACGUUUGGACAUGUUUGGAUGCAACGAGGCAGACGGCGAAGGCGGCGGGCGCGAACCCCUCGUAGUGGCGGUAUGCAGGAAUAAGUGAAAACACAUUUUACCGAGGGGGAACGUUUUGAACAAACGGUGGGCUUUCACACGACAUUGCUGAAGAAUGCAGAAAAGCGGCAAAAACACUUGGUUAGCGGCAAUUCCUUCUUAAUGCGACUACCAGUUUGGCCCCGUCAUUGUGUUUUCUUUGGUUUUUCUCUCGCAUUCCACCCUUGGAUGAAUUCCACUCCAUCAGUGUUGUCCCGCUGAGCACUAAAUCGUAGCUGUCCCACUUUGUUAUGAUGUUUAGCUCGCUUAAGAAAAACUAGGCACAUACGCACGCACGCACGCACGCACGCACAUGUAAUCACUCACUUUUACUACAGCGGAACCUCUGAAGUCCAACCUCGUCGUACAAUUCAGAAUUUGACCCAUUUUGAAGGCGCACAAAACGUCGAUUGGCGACAGCACACCUCACAAAAGAAACGAAUUCAAACGACGACUUUUCUUUUUCUUUGGCUUUGCGAAGAUCCUGAAAAUAGGGAAGAGCAAAAUAAUUGGAUCAAUUGAUUCUUCUCAUUGGGAAUAAUGUUUUAAAAAAAAAAAAUGAACAAUUGACUCAUUGAUCAUUAGAUUUAUCCAUAAUUCAUCAAGGCUAUUUUUUGACGAGCAGCGGUUAAUCUAUCCCAACUGAGUUUGGGUAAGAGAUGGGGUACACCCUGGACUGGUCACCAGCCAAUCACUGCAAUCAUAAUUUGACACUUGAUGGACCAAGGCAAUUUAGUCUAACACUAAAAUUGAAAUUUGUGAGCUGACUUUUCCAGUGCUUUUAACAUAAUUUAUUGCAGCCAUUGCAUGUACAGUUCACAAAGCAUUUCUGUUGGCAACAGUUUGACGGACUAUUUCCAUUCCCAUUAUUUACUUUGGGUUUUAAAAUGGAAUAAUGAUCAUCGAAUGGAUUGCGGUCAACUUUAGAGGUUCCACUUAUGUAAAUACAAUCUUUGAAUGCAUCAGUUAGGAUACAUCUCCCCAAUGUUUCAUGACCUAACCAUGUACUUUUUAUACUAUUUAUCGAAACGUUUGUUUCCAUGCUCUGCAGCUGCCACGUGUGCAAAAUAAAAUGCUU